AGAGCGCUGCUGCUGCUGCUGCCGCCGCCGCCGCCGCCGCAGGGCUCGAGUGUACUUAAGUGCAAUCACUGCUCUUAUCAGGGAUCGCGUGCCUGUCAGAACCAUUCCUGGUCCAUAAACACCUUCGAUUCAAUCUCUACGCAGUCAGAAUGCAUCCUAAGCGGAUACUCUUCGCAAUAGCAGGUCUUGCCGUCUGUGUAGCAGAAGCGCAUCGACUGCCCCACCCCCUGCGCUCCUCCCCCUCAUCACAGCUAUCAACCGGCGCAGUCGUCGCAUUGAGCCUGCUCUCAACCGUCUCAGCUGUUCAGCAAGAUGGAAUUACCGUCAACAAGGACUCUGGUCCAGAGCACAUUGCGCCGGAGGACGACAUCGACAAGAAGAAGACCGCCGCGAGCAAAGAAUCGACUGAGCCGCCGUUCCUCGACGACGGCGAGCUCAUCCGUGCGACCGAAUCAACAGCAGAAUCUACCCACAAUGGCGACAUAAACGACAAGGAAAUGGCCGACGUGCAUAAAGAUGUCGCGGACGCGAUCUCAAAGGGCGAUUACACGUCGGCGGCGGAGAUCGAGGAGGCUAGAGAGAGCAAGAAUGAUCCGUUGCAGCAAGAGAAAGAAGUGCCUGAGGUCACCAUGCAGAUCUUCGAAGUUAGGACUGCAAAUCACAAUAACGGAGUUGAUAAUCAGGUUGAUGACAAAGAAGCCGAUCCUGCAUCUACAAAGGAGGCCGCGAAAUUAUUAGAAUCAAAACCGGAGAUAGUAGACCAGUCGGAGAAGACGGUGCCUGUAUCGGGGACUAGCAGCAGCGAGGGAUCGAAGCAACAAUCUUCCUCAUCAUCCACUAAAGAGGACGAUGCACCAAAGCCGGUGGCCAAAGUUGUCACGGUUCGCAAGGAGAUUGUCACCGAGCGCGAGGUCGAGGAGCCGCCAAAGCCUAAACACUAUCCCCCACUCCAAAUCACUGAAGGACGGCCGUACAAUAAGAAGCGCGAAUCGGUCCCGGUUAGUUGCGUGAGGCGAGAGAUUGAGCACGGAGAACAUAUUACCAGCGAAGAGACAGGACAGAUCAUUUAUGAUGCAUUUCCGGCUUGCAAGGAGACUGGUAAACAGCUCGAAUUCCCGUUCAACGUCGACUCUGACAAGCCCUCUUCCUGUACGUUUGAUCUUCUGGAUGAGACGUACCAUCUGUUCCAGCUAUACGUUCACCAAGAUGCUCCUUUAAGCUGCCAAGUGCCUUCUCGGAUCGGCAGCGAGAAUCUCAACGCCCCGCUAGCGUUCUCCAUCCAAGGCAAGCUCGAGACAUCCCACCUCGACAUCGCGACCCGAUUCACAAUCAUAUUCGAAUACAUCGAAGCCGUGCCCGGCAAGCCCUCUGCCGGCGUGAACAUCACCUCGGCUGUCGCCUACCCCGUCGCACCGCUAAACACCACCCGUGUCAUCAUCGGCGACGAACUCAGCAUGCAAUUCACAACCCGCUGGUUCAACGUCGGGCGUACGCCCAAAAUGGGCGAUCGGCAAAUCACCUCGUUCGCUACGAUAUGUUACUGCAUAGCUUCGGCGGUAGUUGCCUUCUCAGUCUCUGCUUUUUACUUUCUAGUUGUUGUAUUUCCGCAGCGGGCGCGAGUGAGAUCGUCGAUGCGGCAAGCUGUUGCUGCAGGUUUAGCGCCGGACUUCAGCAUGUUCACAGGGAACGGGGGGUUCUCCAGCACGAAGCGGGACUAAUGCAUUUCUUUUGCUAUGUUUUUUCUCUUUUCUAUUCUCGUUGUUUGAUGUACAGCUAGUUUUUUAGUUGAUUGUAAGCUUUGCAUUUUCUACGAUUGUCAUAUCGAACGAUCGGCUGUAUGUAAGAUACGGCGUAAUUUAUAAUGUAUGAUUAUAACGACUGGUAAAUCAUUAAA